GUAAUUGUCCGGUAUUUGUUGAACGCCUUAUAUACGACAUAGGAACCCGCACGCGAUCAAAAGACACCCGUACACUCCAAACCAGGCUCAAUCGCCUCGAUUUCGCUUAUAUCCGAUCCGCCUGUGAACUCGCCGUAUCGCACCAAGGACCAAGAGCUACAUAUCUUCGGUGGCGCGGCAGGUCACCUACCGGACCACCCCUGCUCCCGCGACUAGUCUACAGCAAGCUCUCAAUGGCAGCUUUUCUGGGGGAUAAGGUUGUUGUGUCAUCGCUUAUUGCCCAGGGCGCUGGUGUGAACGAUUGUGACCUUUGGCUUGGUCCCGCUUUGAAUGCGGCUGUGCUUGGGGGCCAUUUAUCUAUCGUCAGGCUUCUGCUGAAGCAUGGAGCGAAUCCAAAUGUUAUUGGGUACUUGGGAUCCCCGAUCAUAAUAGCGGUGAAUAGGAGAGAUGAGAAGAUGGUGCAACUGCUGCUUCAAAACGACAGGACUAAUCCGAAUCUGACAAAACGGCUGAGCGAUGAAAAUGCUGUUUAUCUGGCCUGCCGUGCAGGGGAUACCGCAAUAGUCCGUCUUCUUCUCGCCCACCCACGAACCAAGCUCAAAGCGCAAGGAAAGGAUCCACCAUCCCCUCUGGAAGCUGCACUCUUUGGCGGACACGAAACGAUAGCCGAAUUGAUUCUGAGCCGAAAGGAUCUCUGGCACGGUAUCAUAACAUACUCAACGAUAUGGGAUACACAAGAUCAUGGACGUGCUCGGAUGCUACGGUUGCUCUUAGAUGCGAUGAAGGCUAUGCACAUUGACUACACGCAUGAGUGUAGAUGGCUACUACGGACUGCUGUGGAGAAUGGUCAGGCGCCCAUUGUACAGGUCCUGCUGGAACGUCCUGACAACAAUCCUCAUUAUGGCUCAUAUACCUUGUACGACGAUACGCACUUGUUGGUAGCUACUAUGAACGGGUACUAUGAAGUGGUUCGUGUUCUGCUCCAGAGACCUGAUAUACAACCGGAUCUGAAGCUCCCGAAGAGCCCCACGCCGCUUCAUGCUGCUAUAAAAAAGGGCUAUGAGCAUAUUGCUGAGAUGCUGUUGUCUCAUAAUGCCGUCAAUAAGAACUUCAAAGAUUCCGAGCAACGCACCCCUCUCACAGCAGCCUGCGCAUACGGUCAAAGCCACAUCACGAGGAUGAUUCUCAACCAUUCAGACAUUGAAAUCAAAUCGAAAGACGACAAAGGACGCACAGCAGCAUCAUACGCCGCUGAGAACGGAAGCAUCGUAGACCUUCAACUCUUACUGGAAUACGACAAUACCGUCCUAGACGAAGAUGAAGAAGGCGACACGCCACUUCUAUGGGCAGCAAAGAGUGGCCAUGUCGAAACUGUAUGGUUUAUCCUUGAACGUGGGAGAGCCUUGGAUGUGAGUAGGUGGGGUAAGAGUGGUGCUAUGUGUUUGGUUUUGGCGGUGCAACGGGGGUUUAUAUGAGAUUGUUGAUGAUACAUUAAUAAGUUGGGGUGGAUGUUGGAAGAUUAGGAGUUGGGUAUUAUGCACAUGCGCUGGAUACGCAUAGAGGUAAAAUAAGCAUUGUCAACAUUUCAUUACUUCAGUUUCAAGUAGCAUGAUUAAAUACUCAUCAAGUGUAGUUG